GAGCUAUCUUAUCUGCGCCGAAAUGCCAAGAGCUUUUUUUACGGGCCAACGCUAAUAUGGGACGUGGGCCUUCCAGACUGCCCUGGGCCUAUCUCGAGAUACGAGCACCCGCACGUGACCAGCCUGGCGCCUCCACAACGAUCCUCGGCAGAAGGGAGGAGAAUGCCCACGCAAGGGAGAUGCAAACCAACGGGCGCCGGACGCAAUAAACAAAGGGCUCAGAAAACGCAGAUAACUGGGAAUCAAAAAAAACCCCGAAUCCCACAGAAUUCCGAAUCGUGCCAAAAUCCCGAUCUGCAAAAGUCCGAUAUUCUAGACGUCCGAGCAAUUCGGCCAAGUCCGAAAAAAAAAAGUGCCGAGGUCCGGGCCGCGCAUCCGGCCCCCACAUUUCGCGCAAUGGCCCCGGACUUCAUAGGCUGGACGUUUCCCCCACACUCUUAUAUAAGAGCGUUCUGGCACCCCCAGAUUUUUGCAGCACUUUUUUCUCAAGCGUGGAUUCUCAACCAGAUAUACGUUUUUUUUUUAGGUUCGCACUUCUAGGUUUUGGUUCCCGAAUUCUCAGAACACAGAAUUCCUGAAUUCGUCCCAGACUGCCCGACGACCCUUUUCGAGCCCUUCCAUUUUUUGGUUUUCGAUCGUCCG